ACCACUGAGCUAAAUCCCCAGCCCUGGAAGGCCCUUCAUUCUGCUGAUCCUUCUUCUGGCUAGCUAUAGAAGGCCCAAACUGCAUCAUUCUAAAAGAGUGCUGUUUGCACAUCUUCUAUGACAAAUUCAGUACGCAAUACUUCAGUUCACAAACACUUCUAUUUGCAAACAGUUCAGUUCAGAAGCAAAAGCAUUUGGCAAAAUUUUGCUUCCCUUUGCAAACUCCACAUUAGGUGACAAACAUGACCACAGCCAUCUUCCCCACACAAACACAAAUGCAACCAUCUUCCCCAAAAUUGUAAAACAAGUUAAGUUCAUAAACGAAGGUACCACUGUAUCUCACCACCUCCUCCAUCACUGGAUAGUACAGACUGUUAGAAAGUCCAUGUGCUGGGCUCACGGUGACUUUGAAAUACUCCAUGAAGGUGAGAGUAAGACUCACAAUUUCCAUGGGAAUGUGUGUAAAUACAUCAAGAAGCUGACAUAGAUAUUACUCUGAGGGAUCCAUAGAGGAAUGCAGAGAAGAAUGGACAGAGAAAGGAAGAGAAGAAAAAGAGAACUGAGGCUUUGGCCGUGAGAGAAAAGAGCUCCUAUCCCCAGUAGGGCAAACCCUAACAGAAGAGGAUCCUGGGAGAGGCAUUGUAUUGGAAUUAGAGUGGCAGCUUGGUUGGAAAGCCAGCUAGCCUUUGUUUUCCUAUUGGCUCAAGAUCCAUAACAAUCUUUGGAGCAGAGAACAAGGGAGUAAGCCAUCCUCUUCUCCCUGCAGAUUAUCCUCUUGAAUGAAGAAUACCCUACUACCUUUGGCCCCAUGAACACUACAGCCUCUUUGAGGGUCACCACUGCCACCCUACAUAGGGAGCCAUGGAACAUGUGGUGGAAAGAGCCACAAGCAUGGCUGGAGUCUCACCUGCUUUGUAGGGGCCCUCCUUCUUCUGAUCCCCCGCUCCCAUCCCUCAUCUCCUGUUGACUGAACUUGGUUGCCAUGUGGGGUGCAUAGCAACUUUGAGACUCUGAAUCAGAACAGGCCUGAGAGACUGAUCAGCUGGCUAUUGAGACAGUUGGGGAAACAGACCAGCAAGGCCUCUGAGAGCUGGAAGCUUGGGUGGCUGGAAGGUGUGAUAGGUGGAAGAUGCUGGGACAUACAGGCCUUCAGGUUGGACUGAGUGAUUCCAGGAGGAACUGAACACUGAAGCUUGGGAGAAGAUCCCAUUCCCCUCUAGCCUUCAUCCGGAUUGGGAAAUCCAGCAAAGUCCUAAAUGUUCCCUAAAGCUCCUUCCAUCAUACAGGUGAGGACAGUCCAGAAGGGGAAAGGAUAAAUGACAGUCCAAGAAACUCUUUAAGAAGCACGGCUCACCAGACCUUCACAACAAGCCUGAGACAGGCAUAGAAGGGAUGUUUAUGUCCAUCUCACAAAGAAGGAAACAGCAUCAGAACCUGAAUGAAAUUCACGUUAGGACUGUCGUCCCCUCUCUCUCGUGGCACCCACAGCCUGGGGAAGUAGGGCAGCCUGGUUGAGGUGUUUAUCUGUUUACGGUUGAUUUUGAAACCAGUUGAUUUUGUUUUGUUUUUAAUUUUGAACAACUGGAGACAUUUUACUCAAAACUUUCAUGGGAGCCUGCAGGCAUUCAGACCUUUAAAGAAAUUUUACAGAAUUAGCCCGUUUUUAAAAAGGCUAGAAGCAUUUCCUCAUAUUCAAAUGACAUUUUAAAAUUCCUUCCAGGCUUGCCGAAGCGCUCAGUAAAUGCUCAUUACAUCUGCCGCUGCCGGGAAUACCCUCUCCAGGCGCUUCCCUAGCUUCCAACGCUACCGCCACUCGGAAAACAAAGUGUGGAGCUAGGCCUCACCCGCUAGCCAGCAGUCUCCCGCCCUCUCCUUUCACGCCUGCGCAGUUUACUCCGCUCACCCUACCCUCCUCUGUGGCCACCAAGGCGCAGACGCCACUCCGCCUUCCCACUCCCCUAUCUGCUCAGGCUCUCCCCUCGAGCCUAGAUAGCACCGCCCCUCCCGCGUUCCCGACAGAGAUCUACAGGUAGGGGUGCGCGCGACCGCUCCCGUCGUGCUCUGCCAAGAAAUGGGCAGCAGCGAGCCCCUUCCCAUCGCAGACAGCGACAAGAGGAGGAAGAAGAAGCGGAAGGCCCGGGCCACUGACUCCUUACCAGGAAGAUUCGAAGAUGUGUACACGCUGACCUCUGAAUUGCUGGGAGAGGGAGCCUAUGCCAAAGUUCAAGGUGCUGUGAGCCUGCAGACUGGCAAAGAGUAUGCUGUCAAAAUCAUUGAAAAACAAGCAGGGCACAGUCGGAGUCGGGUAUUCCAAGAGGUGGAGACGCUUUAUCAAUGUCAAGGAAACAAGAACAUUUUGGAGCUGAUUGAGUUCUUUGAAGAUGAUACAAGGUUUUACUUGGUCUUUGAAAAAUUGCAAGGAGGCUCCAUCCUAACCCACAUCCAGAAGCAGAAGCACUUCAAUGAACGAGAAGCCAGCCGAGUGGUGAGAGACGUUGCCGCUGCCCUUGACUUCCUGCAUACCAAAGGCAUUGCUCACCGUGAUCUGAAGCCAGAAAAUAUAUUGUGUGAAUCUCCAGAAAAGGUGUCUCCAGUGAAAAUCUGUGACUUUGAUUUGGGCAGUGGGAUGAAACUUAACAACUCCUGCACACCCAUAACCACACCAGAGUUGACCACUCCAUGCGGCUCUGCAGAGUACAUGGCCCCGGAGGUGGUAGAGGUCUUCAGGGAUGAGGCCACUUUCUAUGACAAGCGCUGUGACCUAUGGAGCCUGGGCGUGGUCCUCUACAUCAUGCUGAGCGGCUACCCACCCUUCGUGGGUCACUGCGGGGCUGACUGUGGCUGGGACCGGGGAGAGGUGUGCAGGGUGUGCCAGAACAAGCUGUUUGAGAGCAUCCAGGAAGGCAAAUAUGAGUUUCCUGACAGGGACUGGGCUCACAUCUCCGAUGAGGCCAAAGACCUCAUCUCCAAGCUCCUGGUUCGAGAUGCAAAGCAGAGACUCAGUGCUGCCCAAGUUCUACAGCACCCGUGGGUGCAGGGGCAAGCUCCAGAAAGGGGACUCCCCACGCCCCAAGUCCUCCAGAGAAACAGCAGCACCAUGGAUCUGACACUAUUUGCAGCUGAAGCCAUUGCUCUUAACCGCCAGCUGUCUCAGCAUGAGGAGAAUGAACUGGCCCAGGAGCCAGAGGCACUGGCUAAGGGCCUCUGCUCCAUGAAGCUUUCGCCUCCCUCCAAGUCUCGCCUGGCCCGCCGGCGGGCCCUGACCCAAGCAGGCCGAAGUGGAGAGACGGGACCAUGCCUGACCCCCGAAGAACUCUGAACCACUCCAGUCAUGUGUUAGGCCUAAACAUUGUCCCCUAGAAACCUGUGAGGCCAGAGUCUGUGGAGCAGACAGAGGAGUUUUCCCUCUGGCUCCAGUCAAGCUUCCUCCAUCCACGAAGGCCCUACGGUUCCCAGCCAACCCCCCAUUUCCCCACAGUCCUUGUAGAAAAAAGCUGUUUCCAAAGGGGUUGUCUUUGAAAAGGGAAGCAAUCACCUGUCACUGCAUAAUCACUGGCAGCAGGGGCAUCUUUUUGCUGGGCUCCACCUGCUCACCUGCCUGCAGAGCCCCAUCCAGCCUGCUCUGGAAGUUUCAGCUGGGGCCACAGCCUUCAGGGAGCCACCUUCAAGAAGCAGAAGUGUCAUUUGACAGAGGCUGUUGACACAUGUGCCUCUUCCACCUUGCUCUGUCCUCUGGAUGUCCUCUCUGCCUGUCCUCUCCCUUCCUGAGCAAAGCCAUCCCCUCCGUACAGGAAAGGCAGAGGGCCCUUCUCCUUCAGGAGGCCAGAUCAGUCUUCCAGCCUGUGGCGCAGAGGAGCACAUAAUCUUUCUUCGCUGUGACCAAGAUGUGUUCCUCAUUUAUCAUCCUCUUCCUUCUUUGUGAUUGCUGCUAAAGUCAGUAUUAGUUUGGUUUUUUAAAUGUUUUUAAAUGUGCUCUUUCAGCAAACACAGAAUUUUAAGCUCCCCUUUUAAGCCCAUGGAUUUUCCAAGGCAGAAUGUCCAUGUGCUUGGUUUUUAAUUAGCUCUUCCCUGUAGUCCUAACUGGUUUUUAAGCUGUUCCCCUGAUGAGCACCUUAGAGUCUGUCCAUGUCUGUUACUGCUGUGUCCCCAGGUCCUGUAUGGAGGGUGGCACAGGUAUAGAGCAGUCAGAUGGAGCUUUGUGCCUGAGGCAAAGCCAGAUCAGAGGCAGGCCCACUGCACAGGAGCGUGAAGGGGCAGAUAAGCUAUUGAGUUAUAUAACGAAAAUAAAUAUGCAUAUGUCAGACAUAUAUUCAACUCAGCCACUACUGUGCCAUCACAUAGUGUGCUUGUUUUAAUAAAACUUUGAUUUUAGUUGUGGCCUA